CGCCGUCCCCGCCCCGCGCGCACUCGGCUCCCGCGGCUCGGUCCGCUCCGCUCCGGCCUGCAGCUGCGUCCUCUCGCCCGGGGCGGCCAUGCAGCGCCGGGGCGCCCUGCUGGGGAUGCCGGGCGGCAGGAAGAUGGCCGCGGGGGACCUGGGCGAGCUGCUGGUGCCCCACAUGCCCGCCAUCCGCGUGCCCAGGUCGGGGGACCGCGUCUACAAGAGCGAGUGCGCCUUCUCCUUCGACUCCCCCAAUUCUGAAGGUGGACUCUAUGUAUGCAUGAAUACAUUUUUGGCCUUUGGAAGGGAACACGUUGAAAGACAUUUUCGAAAAACGGGACAGAGCGUGUACAUGCACCUGAAAAGACACGUGCGAGAGAAGGUAAGAGGGGCGUCUGGUGGAGCUUUACCAAAAAGGAGGAAUUCCAAGAUUUUUCUAGAUCUAGAUACUGAUGACGAUUUAAAUAGCGACGAUUAUGAAUACGAAGAUGAAGCCAAACUUGUUAUAUUCCCAGAUCACUAUGAAAUAGCACUACCAAAUAUUGAGGAGUUGCCAGCCCUGGUAACCAUCGCUUGCGAUGCUGUUCUCAGCUCAAAAUCUCCGUACAGAAAGCAGGACCCAGACACAUGGGAAAAUGAACUGCCGGUGUCUAAGUACGCCAACAACCUCACGCAGCUGGACAACGGAGUCAGGAUUCCUCCAAGUGGUUGGAAGUGUGCCAGAUGCGACCUGCGAGAAAACCUGUGGCUAAAUCUGACUGACGGCUCUGUCCUGUGCGGGAAGUGGUUCUUUGACAGCUCUGGGGGCAAUGGGCACGCGCUGGAGCAUUACAGAGACAUGGGCUACCCGCUAGCCGUGAAACUGGGAACCAUCACUCCUGAUGGGGCAGACGUUUAUUCUUUUCAAGAAGAGGAGGCUGUUUUGGACCCUCAUCUGGCCAAGCACUUGGCGCAUUUUGGAAUCGACAUGCUCCACAUGCAUGGGACAGAGAAUGGGCUCCAGGACAAUGAGAUCAAGCCGAGGGUCAGUGAGUGGGAGGUGAUCCAGGAGUCGGGCAUGAAGCUGAAGCCCAUGUAUGGUCCGGGCUACACGGGGCUGAAGAACCUGGGCAACAGCUGCUACCUGAGCUCCGUGAUGCAGGCCGUCUUCAGCAUCCCGGAGUUCCAGAGAGCGUAUGUAGGAAACCUCCCCAGAAUAUUUGACUACUCGCCUUUGGAUCCAACGCAGGAUUUCAACACACAGAUGACUAAGUUAGGACAUGGCCUUCUCUCAGGCCAGUAUUCCAAGCCUCCGGUGAAAUCCGAACUCAUCGAGCAGGUGAUGAAGGAGGAGCACAAGCCACAGCACAAUGGGAUCUCUCCACGCAUGUUUAAGGCCUUUGUAAGCAAGAGCCACCCGGAAUUCUCCUCCAACAGACAGCAGGAUGCCCAGGAGUUCUUCUUGCACCUGGUGAAUCUCGUGGAGAGGAACCGCAUCGGCUCGGAAAACCCGAGUGACGUGUUCCGGUUUCUGGUGGAAGAACGCAUUCAGUGCUGCCAGACCCGGAAGGUCCGCUACACGGAGAGGGUGGAUUACCUGAUGCAGCUGCCGGUGGCCAUGGAGGCGGCGACCAACAAAGAUGAACUGAUCGCUUAUGAACUAACGAGAAGGGAAGCAGAAGUGAACAGAAGACCCCUCCCUGAGCUGGUGCGUGCCAAGAUACCGCUUAGUGCCUGCCUUCAGGCCUUCUCUGAACCAGAAAACGUUGACGAUUUCUGGAGCAGUGCCCUUCAAGCAAAGUCCGCGGGUGUGAAAACAUCUCGCUUCGCCUCAUUCCCUGAAUACUUGGUAGUGCAGAUAAAGAAGUUCACUUUUGGUCUUGACUGGGUUCCCAAAAAAUUUGAUGUUUCUAUUGAUAUGCCAGACCUGCUUGAUAUCAACCACCUCCGAGCCAGGGGGUUGCAGCCGGGAGAGGAGGAACUUCCAGACAUCAGCCCCCCCAUCGUCAUUCCCGAUGACUCCAAAGAUCGCCUGAUGAACCAACUGAUAGACCCAUCAGACAUUGAUGAGUCGUCUGUGAUGCAGCUGGCCGAGAUGGGUUUCCCCCUGGAAGCAUGUCGCAAGGCUGUGUACUUCACUGGAAAUAUGGGCGCCGAGGUGGCCUUCAACUGGAUCAUUGUUCACAUGGAAGAGCCAGAUUUUGCUGAACCGCUGACCAUGCCUGGUUACGGAGGGGCAGCUUCUGCCGGAGCCUCUGUUUUUGGUGCUGCUGGAUUGGAUAACCAGCCUCCAGAGGAAAUCGUAGCUAUCAUCACCUCCAUGGGAUUUCAGCGAAAUCAGGCUAUCCAGGCACUGCGAGCAACGAAUCACAGCCUGGAAAGAGCCCUGGACUGGAUCUUCAGCCACCCCGAGUUUGAAGAAGACGGUGACUUCGUGAUUGAGAUGGAGAAUAAUGGCAAUGCCAACAUCAUUUCUGAGGCCAAGCCUGAAGGACCUAGAGUCAAGGACGGACCUGGAACGUAUGAGUUGUUUGCGUUCAUCAGUCACAUGGGAACAUCCACGAUGAGUGGCCAUUACAUUUGCCAUAUCAAAAAGGAAGGAAGAUGGGUGAUUUACAAUGACCACAAAGUCUGUGCCUCAGAAAGGCCCCCUAAAGACCUGGGCUACAUGUACUUUUACCGCAGAAUACCAAGCUAAACCUCAAAUGUAAAAAUUGGCGAGAGGAAGCCAUACGCCUUUUUAAUUUGCCAAAAAAAAAAAAAAAAAAAAAAAGAAAGAAAAAAAGAAAAAGAAAAAAAAGAAACAGACGCGGAAGAAGAAGAAGUUGCUGAAACAGCCAGACAUGAAGGAGUACAUGCAGUAUUUAUAGUUUAUUUAAAGAGCACGAUCAGUUGAUGCCUUCUGAAAUAGAACUGGGAAGAAAUUUCUAUUAGUGAUGAUACACUAUUGUAUUGUAGAUAGUUUUUAUAAAUGUUCAAGGAGAGGAUAUUUAAGAACAUAAAAGUAUUCAUAUUGCUGGUGGAGAAUCUGCCAUCAGCACAUCAAAAAUGGGGAUGUGUCCCCAGCCCUCUAUUUUGCUUUGGGAGUCAGUGGUAGUGGCCUCCAGAGAAACCAAAUAAUGUGGCCAGUGGUCUGGCCUUACCUACAGCAAAUGAAAAGCCCACUUGUGUUUCAUAUAGAAAGUCAGCAAUUGGGCGGGGCUUUAUUUGUGACAUAAUUUUUUUCAUGACAUACAAUAAUUUCUGAUGUAUCCAUGUAGAUAUUAUGCUCUGUCCAUAAUAGAACCUCUGCAAUGAAAGAUGUUUUUAAUUUAAAUCAUAUCAAAAUUCAUAAUACAAUGGUGUGAAUGUGUGUGAGAGUGACCGAGUGUGAGACUUUUACUAGAAAAGUGAGUCCACUAGAAAAUCUGUGACAAGUUGCUUUUAAAAGGCUGAACAGUAAUUGGUAUUCAGCAUAUCUGAAAAAAGAGAGUAAGUAUUUUAACAAAACUACAACUCAGGAAGCUUCAAGGAGAUUAGUUCCCCACUUAGAUUUUUAAGGAGUAACAAGGGCUGAGUUAUGCCUUUAAGGCUGUCAAGAAUUUACUUGAGUUUGGGGCGUUUGCUGGUGUAACGCUAGAUGCCCACAGCAGCAUAAUAUUGUACUUUGUCAAAGGUAGAUAAAUUCUCUUUUCCUCAGCAGCCCUUUCCCCAAAAGGUAUGGCGUUUAUUUUUAGUUAAAAUAGCUCGUCUCUUUUUACCAUCUCACAUGAUAACUCUUUGGAGUCAUGCUGUGUGCCCUAAGUCUGUCAGUAGCUUUCCCAUCUCUGAGAUCUAUCUGCCUCCAUUUCCUUUUUUUCUGGGGCCAGAGUCUCAUCUCUGCCUUCUUUUGGUUUAUCACCUUCUGACUUGCCUUCGCUGCUUCUCUGAUGUGACCAACGGUGUGAUCUUGGAUGCUCUAAGGAUUUUAGAUGCAGAGAAACUUUAUAUGACGUUAUGAAAGACGAUCCUUUCCAUUUUGAUUAUUUCAGCAUUUUAGCUGUGACUUGGGAUUAGAUGCGUUUCCAAUGUGAUAAAAAGUAGAAUGAAAGCAUUCUGUAAUUUCUGUACUUUUCCUACUGCUCUGUACCAAAUUCCAGAAUGUCUAGAAUUGCUUUUUCAGAUUCUUCGGUCAAAUGAAAAAGGAUUUAUUGCUGUCUGUUUAUCAUGUAUUUGUGUGGUUGAAAGGAUCUUUUUAGAAACUAGGAAAAUAGAAACAGCCGGGUGAAAUAGAGCAGACACUGGGUGAGGAUGUAGUGAGCUGUGAACGGUCAGGAUUCUGGGCACAGUGGGGGCCUGUCUCACAGGUGGUCCUUUGGUGCCACGUGAGUGAGGGACAUGGUAUCUGAAGCUCCCAGCCUGGACGCCUGAGCCCUGCUCCUAGCUGGCUGUGGGCCUUGGGUGGGUCCCUCGUCCCUGCUGUGCCUCCCUGUUCUCAUCUGCACAAUGGCGUGAUGACACCUGCCCUCUCUUUCUAGCCAUGCUUUGAGGAUGCAGUGAGCUUGGUUACGGUGAGCCUUCACUGAGUAGAAUACGGUGUGCCACGGUUAAAGUGAGCCUUCACUGAGUAGAAUACGGUGUGCCACGGUUACGGUGAGCCUUCAAUGAAUAGAAUAUGGUGGUCCACGGUUACAGUGAGCCUUCACUGAGUAGAAUACGGUGUGCCAUGGUGGGUCCUGGUGGACUGCUCCCUGCCUCUUCUGCUCCAUGCUUUCCUCAAUGUGGGAACAGAUAAGACUGGCAGAAGGAGGGAGCUCCCGGUGCAGUACUUUUCUAUCAGACUGUGCCCACUGGUGUCACCUUGUCACAUUGACUUGGACUUCCUAAAGCAGCCCCACUCUGUUCUGAGAGUCACUGACUCCUGUGGAAAUCCCCACACGAAGCAGCCUUACAAAAUCCAGUCCCCUAGGGCACAGCGAGUGUCACAGAAAUGGCUUGUCGUCAACAACGUGAUAAAAGCAAAGACCUUUUUUUUGGAACUGGGAGUGACUGGGGGGUUUGGAUUGAAUUGUGGACAAAGAUAGCAUGUGUAUUUUGAACAAAAUAAAAAUUUUCUAACAAAA